UUGACGUUCUGGUGGGUGAAGAUGGCGGCCCGCUGGAGUAGUGAGAAUGUGGUUGUGGAGUUUCGAGAUGCACAGGCUACUGCGAUGUCAGUGGACUGUCUCGGCCAGCACGCUGUUCUCUCUGGGAGACGAUUCUUGUAUGUUGUUAAUUUGGAGACGCCGUCCGAAGCUCCACGCAAAAUCAGUCGCCAGAGCAAAUGGGAUGUUGGGACGGUCCAGUGGAAUCCGCACAAAACUGAGGCCCAUUUGUUUGCUGCAUCUAGUAACCAACGUGUCGACCUGUACGUUUGGCGUGAUGGAUCUGGUGAACCACAUACGUCUUUGCAAGGCCAUACACGUGUUAUAAGUGAUUUGGACUGGUCAUGGUUUGAACCAGAGUUUCUUGUCACAAGUUCUGUGGACACAUACAUCUACAUAUGGGACACAAGGGACACUCGAAAGCCAACUGUGGCUCUGUCUGCCGUUGCUGGAGCCUCUCAGGUGAAGUGGAACAGACGGAAUCACUAUUGUUUGGCGUCAAGUCAUGACGGUGAUGUCAGGAUCUGGGACAAGAGGAAACCCAACACUGCAAUGGAGUAUGUAGCUGCCCACCUGUCAAAGAUUCAUGGUUUGGACUGGCAUCCUGAUAAUGAGUACAUCCUGGCUACUUCCAGUCAAGACAACUCCGUUCGGUUCUGGGACUACAGACAACCCCGGAAGUACCUUGAUAUCUUGUCAUGUCAGGUGCCUGUGUGGAAGGCCAGAUACACGCCCUUCUCUAACGGCCUGGUUACGGUGAUGGUUCCUCAGCUAAGGCGGGAGAACAGCCUCCUCUUGUGGAGCACGCUGGAACUGAACAGUCCCGUUCAUGCGUUCGUGGGCCACGACGAUGUUGUGCUUGAGUUUCAGUGGAGGCCGCAGAAAGAAGGUUCCAAAGACUGUCAACUGGUCACAUGGUCCAGAGAUCAAACCCUGAGGAUAUGGAGAGUAGAUCCUCAACUUCAGAAGCUGUGCUGUGCCAAUGACAUUGUGGACGAGUUGAUGGAGGGUUUGACUCUCACCACUGAGACGGAGAAAACGCUGAGGUCCCAAGACUCUGAACCUCCGCUCAGCCCUGGAUUCACAGCGGACAAUUCACAAGAUCAGUUUGAUGGCCCACAGUCUGGCCUGUCCAGCGGUAAGAACGACGUACCCGGUUUGCCUCAGACUCUGCAGCAAGAGUUUUCUCUAGUCAACUUACAGAUUCGCAAUGUCAAUGUGGAGAUGGAUGCCGUCAACCGCAGUUGCUUUGUGUCGGCCGACUGCGGAGCCAAUCGUGUUCGUCUCGUUGUGAAGUUUCCUGCCCAAUAUCCCAACAAUGCAGCUCCAUCUUUCCAGUUCGUCUCUCCGACGAACAUCUCGUCUUCUAUGAAGACUAAGAUACAGAAGAUCCUGACUGAUACGUCGCUGCAGAAGGUGAAGAGAAACCAGAAUUGCUUAGAGCCGUGUGUUCGACAGCUGGUGUCUUGCUUAGAGUCAGACGGAGUCAUGGAGGACAGUACGAACCCUUACGUGCUCACCAACCCGGUGACUCCAGCACUUCCUACUUUCCCCCGAGUAACCAACACGUACGGCUCGUACCAGGACUCCAACAUCCCCUUCCCACGUACCUCAGGGGCCCGCUUCUGUGGGACAGGUUCCUUGGUUUAUUUCACACGGCCCAUGACUAUGCAUCGUACGGCCCCUCCAACUGAACCUACUCCCAGGUCGCUGUCGGCUCUCUCGGCGUAUCACAGCGGGGUGAUGACGCCCAUGAAGAUGCGAACGGAGUCUCAGACCACCCUGAGGUUGUACAGCGGGAGCCCAACACGCACAGACAAAGAUCAUGUGUCUAUAUCAUCCUUCUACUACAAAGAACGGAAGCCCCCUCUGUCUGCUUCCCGCCGCUGGUCUGUGCAGACUAUUCAUGACUGUCCGAAAUCCCGUCGCUGGAAAGGCAAGCGAGAGGGAGGAGACUACAGCAGCAGACCCAUCAAACUGGCUGGCAAAGUCAUCAUCCAGGAAAUCUCAUGUCUGCUUCCUGUGCACAAAGCCCUCGGGGAGACAUACGUGCUAAAUGUUAAUGACAUACAGGACACAUGUCAGAAGAAUGGGGCGGCGGCCUUGGCAAUGGGCCGCAGAGAUUUAGCAAAGGUAUGGGCACUUGCCUCGGCAGCCACGAAUCUUGACCUCAGUCCUGAUCCCGACCCUGAUGCUGGAACUCCCUGGGCCAAACACCCAUUUGGGCGACACCUGCUGGAGACAUUGCUUGAACACUACAGUCAAAUGAGUGAUAUUCAGAGUCUGGCCAUGUUGUGUAGUGUGUUCAGGGGUCACGGCAGUCCUCAGGAAUAUUUCACUCUGUACGGACACCAGCAACCCCGUCUGGCGAACUUCACAUCCCACCACUCCCGCUAUCCCAGUUUCACCUCUAGCUCUGUCACAUCUGGAUCGUGUUCAAGUACCUCAGACUCUGCAAACACUCCAUGGAAUGCAGGUGGACGUGAGUCAGAACAUGCUCCCCCCUGGGAAUCGUCUCCAGAUGACUAUCGCUAUGCAAACCAGAUUUACACCGACCCCCGAGAGCGAGAAAAAGAACAACACGACAUGAACAAAAGAUUACUGGACCCCUCCAACUCCUGGCAGUUUGAUGAUUUCAAGAAGUGUUACGGUGAAAUCCUGCACCGAUGGGGCAUGAAGGACAAGAGGGCAGAGGUGCUCAAAUUUGUCUCCUGCCCUCCAGAGCCACACAAAGGCAUAGAGUUUGGCGUUUACUGCUGCCACUGUCGCAGUCAGGCCCGCGGCACCCAGUGCGCCGUCUGCAAGCGCUUCACCUUCCAGUGCGCCAUCUGUCACGUGGCUGUACGAGGCUCUUCUAACUUCUGCUUGAGCUGCGGCCACGGAGGACACACCAGUCACAUGAUGGACUGGUUUCGCUCUCAAGAGGUCUGUCCCACCGGAUGCGGGUGCCACUGUCUGCUGCAAAGCACUUUCUGAACAUUACAAACAAUAAAACCAUCAAGAUACGCCUCAAAACUCUCAGUACUGUAGCAGCUCCUCGGGACGUACUGGCGUCAUUCGGGAUGAACUAACGACUGUUCAAGUCGUUGGAGCUGCAAAUAUCAACCUUGUAAUAGGUCAAAACCAGCCUAGUUAGUAAGAAAUUGUUAUACAGUGCUGUUUUUUGCACUUUUAUACCUGUUUGAGUAGAGCUUGUAUUUGCUCUAUAAGGUGCCAAGGAAAUCGAUCUGUGAAAGGGAAAAGGAAAAACUGAUUUUUAUGGUUGUGAAACAUAAUUUUUUUUCAAAUGUAUGUUUUGAUCACUCUUUUCAGUUGAAAAGAAGAUUUAAAAAGAAAAUUGUUGUAUGUUUCGAAGGAUUAACAAUGUACAGUAGGCUAUGUGUGCCAUACAAAUAUUAAUAAAUCUGACAAUACAGUGAUUAUUGCUUCAUACACCAUUUGAUUUGUUGUAGUAAUGUUGCUGGAACUCUCUUUUAUGAAAUAUGCUCAUAAAAGUGUAUUAACUGUCAUCACUACCUCAUAAAUAAACAGCAUAUUACGUUUU